CAAGAUCAGCGACAUGUAAUGGAUAUAAUGAUUGUCAUGAUAAUUCAGAUGAAAAACUAUCAUUAUGUCCAAAUGACACAUGUCCAUCUGGACAAUUUCAAUGUCGAAAUAAAGAAUGUAUACCAUAUGAAGUUGUUUGUAAUGGUGUAAGAAAUUGUACUGAUGGAAGUGAUGAACCACCUAGUUGUGGUGUUAAUGAAUGUGCUUCAUCAAUUUUAAGUGGCUGUGAACAUGAUUGUAUUAAUACAUUAACUUCUUUUCGAUGUACAUGUCGAAGAGGUUAUAAAUUAGCAUCCAAUCAGAAAAAUUGUUGGGAUAUUAAUGAAUGUAUUGAAACUCCAAGUGUUUGUCAACAAUUUUGUGAGAAUAUACCAGGUUCUUAUAUAUGUAAAUGUGCACCUGGUUAUGUAAAAGGUCUUGAUGGACGUAGUUGUAAUCGAUUAAAUCGAACUAUUGUUCCAUAUGUAUAUUAUACAAAUAAAUACUAUGUUCGUGCAAUUGGUCUUGAUGAACAAAAUCAAAUAACUAUUGCACGUGGUUUUAUGGAAUUAUCAAGUAUAACAUAUGAUUGGAAAGAUCAAAAAUUAUAUAUUGGUGAUCGACAAGCUAGUAAAAUUUAUCGAAUGAAUUUAAAUGGAACACAAUCAACAGUUA